CAGCCGUGGCGGAUGCUGCUGCUCAUAGCUCCGCAGAUCGUCAGCGAGUGUAGGCUGCUCAGUUCCCUCAGUUUGUCAACUAAAAACUACAAAAUCACUAAAUAAAUUCAACUUAUUUUCAAAUUUGAAAAGUUAUUGAGAGAGUUAGAAAGUUAUAGCUCCGUCCGACGAGUGUUUUCUUUUCGAAAAGAAAUCUUAAACGAAAGUGUGUUUGCUUGAAAGGAACUCUGUGUUAGAUACAUUUCGCAUUUCGUCCUCGCACAUACCUAUCAGUAAUUUUUCGAUCAGCGUCGGUGCCACAAACACAGUCAAAGUGAAUUAUCUAAAGCAGUACAUCGACGAUAUCCGCAGGAUAAUCGAAGAGAAAAUGUCGCUUAAUCCGAACGGGUAUAAACUGUCCGAAAGGACAGGAAAACUUACGGCAUUUGAUCUCAUGCCCACCACAGUGUCCGCUGGGCCGGAGACACGGGAGUUUCUCCUGAAAGUCAUUGAUGUCCUGCUGGACUUUGUGAAGGCAACCAACGAUCGCAAUGAGAAGGUCCUGGACUUCCACCAUCCGGAGGACAUGAAACGACUCUUGGACUUGGACGUUCCAGAUAGGGCUUUGCCUUUGCAGCAAUUGAUUGAGGACUGUGCCACCACCCUGAAGUACCAGGUGAAGACAGGACAUCCUCAUUUCUUCAACCAGCUGUCUUGUGGCUUGGACCUGGUCUCGAUGGCUGGAGAAUGGCUAACAGCCACAGCCAACACCAACAUGUUCACCUACGAGAUCGCGCCUGUUUUCAUUCUGAUGGAGAAUGUGGUGCUGACGAAGAUGCGUGAGAUUAUCGGCUGGUCUGGCGGUGAUUCGAUCCUGGCCCCUGGAGGAUCCAUUUCCAAUCUGUAUGCCUUUUUGGCUGCACGCCACAAGAUGUUCCCCAACUACAAGGAGCACGGCUCCGUGGGAUUGCCCGGCACCUUGGUGAUGUUCACUUCGGAUCAGUGCCAUUAUUCGAUCAAGUCCUGUGCCGCUGUCUGUGGCCUAGGAACCGAUCACUGCAUCGUAGUGCCCUCUGACGAACAUGGCAAGAUGAUCACCUCGGAGCUGGAGAGGCUGAUCCUGGAGCGUAAGGCCAAGGGCGAUAUUCCAUUCUUUGUGAACGCAACCGCUGGAACGACUGUCCUUGGAGCGUUCGAUGACAUCAAUACUAUUGCAGAUAUCUGCCAGAAAUACAACUGCUGGAUGCACAUUGAUGCUGCUUGGGGAGGUGGCUUGAUGAUGUCCCGAAAACAUCGUCAUCCUAGGUUUACUGGAGUGGAGCGUGCCGAUUCGGUUACCUGGAAUCCCCACAAGUUGAUGGGAGCCUUGUUGCAGUGCUCCACGAUUCACUUCAAGGAGGAUGGCCUCCUCAUCAGCUGUAAUCAGAUGUCGGCGGAGUAUCUGUUCAUGACCGACAAGCAGUACGACAUCAGCUACGAUACCGGAGACAAGGUCAUCCAGUGCGGCCGGCACAACGACAUCUUCAAGCUCUGGCUGCAGUGGCGGGCCAAGGGCACCGAGGGCUUCGAGCAGCAGCAGGAUCGGCUCAUGGACCUGGUCCAGUACCAGCUGAAACGCAUUCGCGAGCAGUCGGACCGCUUCCACUUGAUCCUGGAGCCGGAGUGCGUGAAUGUGUCGUUCUGGUACGUGCCCAAGCGAUUGAGAGGAGUGCCCCACGAUAGCAAGAAGGAGGUGGAGCUGGGCAAGAUCUGCCCCAUCAUCAAAGGCAGGAUGAUGCAGAAGGGUACCCUCAUGGUGGGCUACCAACCCGAUGAUCGGCGACCCAACUUCUUCCGCUCGAUCAUCUCCUCGGCGGCCGUCACCGAAGCGGAUGUGGACUUCAUGCUGGACGAGAUCCAUCGCCUGGGCGACGACUUGUAAGGGGCUUCACUUUGAUUUAGAUUUGGAUUGGUACACAUAUACGGUAGUUCGCAAAAACCAAGAAGUAUCUUUAAGGUAAAAGCAUAUCAGAAGGCGACCGCUAAGUAAUACCCAGAACUUUUGGGAGAGCUAUUCAUCGGAGUUCAAUGUUGAAUGUAAAUUUGUUUGUAUCUAUAAAGUGUUGCUAGAUGUUCCUUUUCGAUUUCUCAUCCCGUUAUCCGUUAACCGUUAUUCGUUAUCGUCCCAGUGUUGGAAAACUAAUUAUAAUCAACGAGUUUGAUUUCCUUUUAAAUGCGAAUGAAGAAUCUAGAACUAAUAUUUGAAUAUCUAUAUGUAUACUGAAACAAAAAUAAUGAGUAAAAAUCAGAGCAUAAAGCCACCAAAACACACACCACCAAAUAAAAUAUUACAAAAAAUCAAUCCCAACCACCCACACUUAAAAACUGCAAUAUAUAUUAUCCGGAAAAUAUAUAGAAACUGUUGGAAUGCUAUCUUUACAUAUCAAGAAAAGAUGAAGGAGUUGAGAACUUUUAGUUGAAUCUUUGUUGAUUUUUAUUAGUUUGCAAAUAGUGAAAAAUUUUCAAAAUAGAAAAUUCUAUGGCCAUGCGUA